CUUGUCAUGAAUGCUUAUUGUAGGUAUACAUAGAAAAGAUAAGUCUGUUCUCUAUUUUUUUUUAUGCAAAAUUACAUAUGGAAAGUGUGACUGUAAAUGAGAGAGAGACAGACAGACAGACGGCAUAAUUUCUUUUUUCUUUUUCUUGCAUACAUUUUUUUUAUACAUGAAUUACUCUUGGGACACCAUUCGUGACCAAGUGAGGGAGUUUAGAGCAAAUCUUCAAGCUAUUUAUCCUCUUCAAAUAUUAUCAACAGUCAAGGAAUUUACAAUAGAUGCUUCGAACCAAUUAUACUUUCUUUCUGAUCAUCUCGCCUUGACGAAUGAAAUAUCACCUAGUAGAAACUUACAACUCUAUCAUGUAGAUUUGAACAAAAUACCUUACUCAGACUGGUUAAAUAAGUCCGAUAGAAUGACAGAAGCAGAAUAUCUAGCAGCAUGUAGCAAAGCACCUUUAUUAGAAUGGAACGUACUAUUUGAAGAGUACUGUAACCCUAAAACAGGAACGCAUUUUCGUCUACAGGGCAUAACUAGCUAUGAUAUUAAAGAUGAUACUGUCAUGUUUACAUCUCAUAAUGGCAUUUUCAUUAGUAAAAUGGGACAGAUACCUAGGCUAGUUUAUAGUAGAUCAAUGCACGUUUGCGACACACAAUCAACUGAGCGACAUCCUACAUCUAAAACACUCCUAUUAGACGGAAGACUGGAUCCGAAACUAGGCGGAAACCAUGUUGACAAGAUUGCGUUUAUCAAAAAUAGAGAUAUCUGGGUGAUGGAUCUUGAAGGGAAUGAGAGACAGCUUACGUUUUGCUCACUAAAUACCAAAGAUCCUACAUUAAACUGUGGCGGUGUAGAAUACAUGAUGAGGAAUUUCACCGGUUCACUGGCUAUUACUGGGCACCAUCGGAUCCUGAUUCACCUGUAGAUAGAAUAGUGUACCUAGAAACCUCUGAACUAGAGGUCGAGCUGUUAAGGAUAUCAAAACCAGCCAUCUCAUUUUCUGGAUCAGAUACUCUGCUCAAUCACACAGAGUGCAUGCGAUACCCAUAUGCAGGAAAACCCAAUGCUACGAGUAAAAUAAGAAUUGUAGAAUUUAGCGAUACAGAAAUCAUACAUAGAAAGCUGUUGGAUCAUGAUGAACUUCAUAUUGCAUUUCCUUGGAUGGAAUA